AUUAUUCACAUUCUUAAAUAAAACCAUUGUUUCUUUAAAAACAAAAUAUCGGAGUGUGUAUCUCUUUAUUCUUUAAAAGAGUUUAAGUAAAUAUUAAAAAUAAAUAAGAUUCUUAGAGUUUAACACAUCGCUGGAUAGAAAAUCAUAAGGAAGAUUUUUCAAAAAAUUCUGAAAUUAAGCAAAAUGAUAUAAUGAUCUGAAAUUUAAAAAGAAGAAUAUUAAAUAAUAAUAAAGAAGGAAAACAAAAUAAAAUAAUCGAAUGUGUUGAGAAAAAAUUUAAUUAUUUAUAAAAAUAGUUUAUGCCCAAUUUAUAAUGAUGAAAGUGGAAUAGGGAAUGACUUUCCUUUAAAAAAUUUGGAGUAAAAUAGGGCGAAAGCUUAAUACAAACUUUAUUUUAAUCAUAAAGAAUAAAUAUUAUUGGUGCAAUUUGGUAAGGAUUGUUUCUAUUUUAGUGUCUAAGAUCAAACAUUGAUUAAUUUAAAGUAAUCUUUGAGAAAUAUUAAUUGAAAAAAGCUAAUAAUUGACAGUUUAUGAAUUAAUUCAACUAUUUAUAUAAUGAGGGUAAUUCUAACUUGAAAGUAGAAAUUGUUUCAAAAGUUGAAUUCGUAAUAAAU